UCUUCGAAAUACGAGCGAUUGGAACGUUGCAUUUCUUCGAAAUACAAGUGAAUGUGCUGCUAAUUUUCAUUGCCAGCUUACGGUUCCUGUGGAUGUCAUUGACUCUUUUAAGUGCCGAGCGGCCAUUCAGAAACUGAGCAACUGACGCCUAACUGCCAGUAUAUGUACUGCACGGCUCGUGCAGAGGCAGUUGAAAGGCGUCGCGAGGAGCUAAUCAGUUUUACCCGAAGUUGUCCUGCGCAGGCGCAGAACCCAUUUUAUGAAUGUCGAGGCCUCACUACCAGAUCACCUGUUACAGGGACACUUGCGUAGAUGAUGGGGUGUGUUUUUAUAUCUUUCCUCCAACCAAGACGAUGGGAAAACAUCUUAACCAACUAAGAGUGGGAACAGAUUUGUAGGGCUACUUACAGUAGUAUGCUUCUUUUUAACCAUGGAGAGGCAUCCACAGUUGAAAACUUAACACGACAAGGGGAACAAGAGAGAACUUACCAAGUUUCAGUUCUCAAAACUGAAUUUGACUCAGCAGAGAUCACAUGCCUCUUCUUCACAGCAAAAAUGUUAUGACAUGAACAGAGUUGAGAAAAAGACCUUAAUCCUAUUGUUCUACAAACCUAUGAAUACAGAAUCAACCCCUUCAGUGCUAAGUUUCAAGAAGUUCAGUGAAAUAGAAUAGAAACAAUAUUUUUCUGAUUGUUUGGAGUGGAAUAGAUCUGCACAAGAAGAAAGUGAAACUAAGUGUGAGGAGGGAGGGGCAAGCAGACAAGCAGUACAAAAUGAAAGUGAAACUUUCUGAGCACAAUACUGCAUAGCCACAGACAGACAAGUCUUUGGAUCUUUUUGUGUGUAUGACCUGAGGUUUAUCACAUUCUUUCCUUGGAGGAAAAAACCUAUAAUGGCAGCAGGCCGUAAAAGAGACCCAGUUUGGCAAUAUUUUAAUGAAGUUCCUUUACCUAUCGGUAAGGCAGGCAUGCGUGCAAAAUGCAAACACUGCAACAAAGAAAUGCAAGGCCUGGUGGCCCGAAUGAGGCAACAUCAUGAGAAGUGCUGUGAUGAAGAUGACCAAAGAAACACAUUUGAACAGGCAGGAUCUUCAGGGGAAUUCAUGGAUUCUGGAAACUAUCCACCUUCAAGAUCACCAUCCUCCUGUUCUACAGUUUCAGAGUUAUCCAUCCAGGAUAGUGCUUCAUUAGCAUCAUCAUCAGACACCCACAGCCACAUAUCACUAUUACCUAAAAGAAAGAAAAAAUCCUUCCCUCCUGGAACCACCAUAGAUAAGUUUGUGGUAAAAACUAGCAGAUUAGAAAAAGUGUUAAUUGAUGAAAAAAUUGCCCAGUUUGUUUAUGCAACGAACUCUUCUUUCCAUCUGACUGAGAACCCACAUUUCAUUAAUAUGGUUCAGUCACUGAGACCAGGAUACAGUCCACCCAGCAGAGCAGAUGUUGCAGGGAAACUGCUGGAUAAAGUGUAUGACAGAGAAAUGGAGCAAUGUGCUACAGCUCUGGAGGGUAGAAUUGUUAACCUAGGUAUUGAUGGGUGGAGUAAUGUCCACAAUGAUCCUAUUGUAUGUGCUUGUAUAACAACAGAAGGGAAAGUCUUCCUUGCACAAACAAUUGAUACGUCAGGAAAUGCACACACAGCAGAAUACUUACAAGAAGUGGCAGUAAAAGCUAUAACAACAUGUGAACAAAAAUUCAAAUGUCUAGUACGCAGUUUGGUCACAGACAAUGCUGCAAAUGUAUCCAAGAUGAGAAGAAAUUUAGAAGAGCAGGAAGGGAAUACAAAGCUAAUAACAUAUGGUUGCAGUGCUCAUUUGCUGCACCUCUUAGCCAAAGCCUUAAGUGUUCCAGAAAUAAAGACUAAUGUUGUUGAAAUUGCUAAAUACUUCCGUAACAAUCACUUUGCUGCAGCAGCUCUGAAAAGGAUGGGUGGAACCAAGCUAACACUCCCACAAGAUGUUAGAUGGAACUCUGUGGUUGACUGUUUUGAGCAGUAUAUCAAGAACUGGCCUAUUCUGAUGACAGUUUGUGAACAAAAUCGAGAUAAAAUAGAUGGCACUGUCACAGCCAAAAUCCUCAACAUUGGGCUUAAGAGAAAUGUUGAACAUAUGCUGAGCAUCCUGAAACCCAUCUCUGAAUCUUUAAACAAAAUACAGAAAAAUAGCUGUUUUAUUGCUGAUGCUGUUGAAAUUUGGAAGGAACUGAGUGAACACUUAAAAACAGAACUACACAUGGACAGAAUUAAAUUACAAGCAUUAAAAAAACGAAUGGGACAAGUACUGUCUCCAGCUCAUUUUUUGGCAAAUAUUGUCAAUAUCCAGUACCAGGGUCAAAACUUAAGUGCUGAGGAAGAGGAGUUAGCUAUGACAUGGGUAUCCAGCAAUCAUCCAUCUGUAAUGCCAACUAUAAUAAACUUCAAAGCUAAGGGGGAACCAUUCAAGAAAUAUAUGUUUGCUGAAGAUAUUUUAAAGAAAGUCACACCAGUGAACUGGUGGAAGUCACUUAAGCACUUGGAUUUAGAGACUGUUCAAGUAAUGAUUUCACUUUUAACAGCAGUAGCUUCUUCUGCAGGCGUUGAAAGAAUAUUCUCUUCCUUUGGAUUCAUUCAUUCUAAAUUGAGAAAUCAUUUGGGACCCGAUAAAGCAGGAAAGCUUGUUUUUCUUUUCCAGAUUAUGAACAAAGAAGAAGAUGAAGAUGACGAAUGAGCUACAGAGGACAGUAUAUAAGUUUUUCAUGUGUAGGCUGGGCUGACAGUCUAAGUUUCUUAAAAUAUAUAUAUUUUGUUUAGCCAAAUUAGUUAACAAACAUGGAUGUUUGUUUAAGCAAAUAACAUAUGCUGUAAUGUUAUUGUUUCAGUUGAAUAAAUCUAUUUAAAUUGUUA